AUGCCGGACCAGGUGGUACUGGCACCGCAGCCGGAGUUGGCGGGCCAGCGUCGGGGUCGGCAUCGGGGACAGGGGAGGGACUCGGGACGGGGUGGGGCGCUCUCCGAAGAGUCGCAACGGAGGAAGGGCUUGAACAAUGAUCCCGGUUCCAAUAUAGGCACUAGGCGCUCUUGUAUUGCUCUCUUGUGUACACGUACACCUCACGAGACGGAUGAUGUGAAAGUGCAAAAACGGGCAUCAUGGCAAUCCGCGGGACCACACGGGUUAACGUUGACAGGUAGGAUAAACGCGGACAACCGCUUCAUCGCUAGAAAGAAGGCGACUCAGGAGUUCAAUGACGGCUGA